AUGAUUUCAUUCUUUAACCUUCUCUCGCUCGUUUUAUUACUGCCCGUGGCUGUUUCGGCACAAGAUUUCAAUGUGACUGUCAACGAGACGGAUACCACUCAGAUUACUUAUGGCGGAGGAGCUGGGGAUGCGAGUCUUUGUAAAGUUGACGAACAUGGUUACUUUAUCGGUUCUCAACCAGGUUGCUACAAUGUCCAGCCUCAACCUCCAUGCACCGAAUUUGCUGCGAUGGGUCAGCAGAACACUUCGUACGGCUCCUGGAAGUUUAAAGGCUCAGCAUUAUACAUAAGAUCUCUCCUCAGUGACUUCUCCCCGACAUUCAACAUUGACAUCGACGGAAAGGUUACUGAAGCUGACGGUGCCCAAAUUGGCAAGGACUCCAGAGCAUUUGACUGCUUUGAUCUGUUUUCGGUGCAAGGACUGGAUCCCAACAUCGAACACAUCGUCAAUAUGACCGUGAAGGGGGCAUCGCCUAACAGAAACAAAACCUUGAAUGUAAUAACGGGACCGUUCUCUCUGAUCAGUUAUACCUAUACUACUAACAACCAGACGAACUCCUCAGGGUCUCAACAAAGGUCCGGAAGUAAUGGAAGUCAGCGUCUUCUCACUACUUUUCCAGAGAUACUGGUACUCUUUGUCUUCUCAGUAUCGGGUUUGUAUUUGGGAAUCGUUUAG